ACUAGAAGUCAAGAAGAAUAACAGGAAAAACAGAGGAGGAAAAAAAGCUAUGAUCCAUCUCCUUCUCCUCGGGUUGCCGAUGCCGCCGCUCCCUGCGCGCACCGGGCCGAGGCGCCCCGCGGCGGGCGGGGCAGAGGGUCCCGCGGCCGCCCGGGGCGCGGAGGAGCUUCUCCCGUCCGUGCCGGCGUCGUGCGGCUCCGGGCCGGACCGCGCGGGGCUGCGCCGCGCUCCGCGCCCCCCGGCGCCCAUUGUUCGGCAGCGCCAAUCCGCGGGCCGUCCCCGCGGCCGCCAAUCGCCUCCGGGGGCCGCGCGGUGAGGUCAGCGCCUCUGCGCGGUGACAUCACGGCGCGGCCCGGCGGGGCGGGCCCGGGGGGGCGGGCGCGGCCCCCGCCCCGCUCCGCGCGGGUAGUGCUGGAGCGGUGGCUCCGCAUCCCGCAUCGCUGCCGGUGCGCAGGGGGCCGCCCGCAUGGUGGACAUCCUCCUCCCGCGGCCGCUCCCGGGCGCCAUGGGGGAGCCCUCCAAGAGGCGGCCAGGGCUGGCCCUGUGCGCAGGCUGCGGGGGCCGUAUCCAGGACCCCUUCCUGCUGCGGGUGUCGCCGGACCUGGAGUGGCACGUCGCCUGCCUCAAGUGCGCCGAGUGCGGGCAGCCCCUGGAUGAGACCUGCACAUGCUUCCUGCGCGACGGCAAGGCCUACUGCAAACGAGAUUACAGCAGGCUCUUCGGCAUCAAGUGCGCCCAGUGCCGGGCGGCGUUCAGCAGCAGCGACUUGGUGAUGCGCGCCCGCGACCACGUCUACCACCUGGAGUGCUUCCGCUGCGCCGCCUGCGGCCGCCAGCUCCUGCCCGGCGAUCAGUUCUGCUUGCGGGAGCGCGACCUGCUCUGCCGCGCCGACCACGGGCCGCCCCCCGACGGCGCCGCCGCCCGCGGCCCGCGCAGCCCCGCGCUGCCGCCGGCCGCCGCCGCGCACCUCGCAGAGCCGGUGCCCGGGAGGCCGCCCGCCCCGCGGCCGCCGGCGCACAAGGCGGCGGAGAAGACCACCCGCGUGCGGACGGUGCUGAACGAGAAGCAGCUGCACACGCUGCGGACCUGCUACGCCGCCAACCCGCGCCCCGACGCCCUGAUGAAGGAGCAGCUCGUGGAAAUGACGGGGCUCAGUCCCCGCGUCAUCCGCGUCUGGUUCCAGAACAAGCGCUGCAAGGACAAGAAAAAGUCCAUUCUCAUGAAGCAGCUCCAGCAGCAGCAGCACAGCGACAAGACGAGCCUUCAGGGCCUCACCGGGACGCCGCUGGUGGCCGGGAGCCCCAUCCGCCACGAGAGCGCCGUGCAGGGCAGCGCCGUGGAGGUCCAGACGUACCAGCCGCCCUGGAAGGCGCUCAGCGAGUUCGCCCUGCAGAGCGACCUGGAGCAGCCCGCCGCCUUCCAGCAGCUGGUCACCUUCUCCGAGUCCGGCUCCUUGGGCACCUCCUCCGGCAGCGACGUGACCUCGCUGUCCUCCCAGCUCCCCGACACCCCCAACAGCAUGGUACCCAGCCCGGCCGAGACGUGAAGCGGCCCGUCCGCCCCGCCGCGGGACCUCCGCAUGCCUGCGCUCCCUGCAUGAGACACCCGGCCCCGGGCCGCUCCCAGAGCGCCGGACAAACGCCUUUGUUUUUUAAUUAUUCUUAUUUAAAAACAAACAAAAAUUGU